GUUUCAUUUGAAUUUUUUUUGUUUUGCAUUUGGAACUCAUAGCCAACCGUGGGCACCACUAACUUACUCCUCCUACGACCUCCUCCUAAAGUUCCCUCUUUUUUACACAAAGCAGUAGAUAGAAAAUGGCAGACGGUGAGGAUAUUCAGCCACUCGUCUGUGAUAAUGGGACUGGAAUGGUCAAGGCAGGGUUUGCUGGAGAUGAUGCUCCACGAGCAGUAUUUCCGAGUAUUGUUGGUCGCCCACGCCAUACAGGUGUGAUGGUUGGCAUGGGGCAAAAAGAUGCAUAUGUUGGUGAUGAAGCUCAAUCCAAACGUGGUAUUCUAACUUUGAAAUAUCCAAUUGAACAUGGUAUUGUUAGCAACUGGGAUGAUAUGGAGAAAAUCUGGCAUCACACGUUCUACAACGAACUUCGUGUUGCACCAGAGGAACACCCUGUACUACUCACUGAAGCACCUCUUAACCCGAAGGCUAAUCGCGAAAAGAUGACUCAAAUCAUGUUUGAGACAUUUAAUACUCCUGCUAUGUAUGUCGCCAUUCAAGCCGUUCUAUCCCUUUAUGCCAGUGGCCGUACAACAGGUAUUGUCCUGGAUUCUGGUGAUGGUGUUAGCCACACUGUCCCAAUUUAUGAGGGAUAUGCUUUGCCACAUGCUAUCCUCCGUCUUGAUUUAGCUGGUCGUGACUUGACUGAUCAUCUAAUGAAAAUCUUAACAGAGCGAGGCUACUCGUUCACCACUACUGCUGAACGAGAAAUCGUGAGGGAUGUGAAGGAAAAACUCUCCUACAUUGCUCUUGACUUUGAGCAGGAAAUGGAAACGUCGAAAACUAGCUCUUCUGUUGAGAAGAGCUACGAAUUGCCCGAUGGUCAAGUGAUUACCAUCGGUGCUGAACGUUUCCGAUGCCCUGAAGUCCUUUUCCAACCUUCAAUGAUUGGAAUGGAAGCUGCAGGCAUUCACGAAACGACUUAUAACUCGAUCAUGAAGUGCGACGUGGAUAUCAGAAAGGAUCUGUAUGGAAAUAUUGUACUCAGUGGCGGUUCGACUAUGUUUCCUGGAAUUGCUGAUAGGAUGAGUAAGGAAAUUACUGCCUUAGCUCCAAGCAGUAUGAAAAUUAAGGUGGUAGCUCCACCUGAGAGGAAGUAUAGUGUUUGGAUUGGAGGUUCUAUUUUGGCUUCUUUAAGUACUUUCCAACAGAUGUGGAUUGCAAAGGCAGAAUAUGAUGAAUCUGGACCAUCCAUUGUGCACAGAAAAUGCUUCUAAUUCUUUAGACAUGUGAUAUUUUUAUUAUGUCUCUUUAUCGCUGUAACAAUGGCAAACAAAAUUUUCAGAAUUGACAGUAAAACCAGAUACUUCAAUGUAGAUUUUCUUUUGUUGUGAACUUUUGUCCUUCAAUGCUAACUCCAAUUGUUUUCCAUUA